CGGACAGGGGAAGCAAUGCGGUGCAUAGGGCGCAGACCCGCCCGGCACUGGUGGACCCGGAACAGGCGAGGCUCCCGCCGGGAGCACGAAAGCUCCACCUCCUUACGUCAUUUCCGUAAACACAGGCAGUGGUGGAGGCGCGGGGUCCGGGAUGUGACCCCGGCUCAAGCUGCUGCAGGGGUGUUGGCGGCUGCAGUGGAGGCGGUGGUUUCCGAGACGCCGGAGUCUUUGCAGUUUGAGAAAGAGGACUUCCUUCCUCAGGUCAUAAGAAGCUGGCCUUGGUGCAGUAAGGAACUUAAAACAAUGGAGGAACGGAAAGCGAAGAGGAGGAGUCCCAAGUCUUUCAGUGCCCACUCGACUCAGGUUGCGAAUGCCAAAAAAAAUGCCAUUCCAGUUAGUAAAAGCACGGGGUUUUCAAAUCCUGCAUCACAGUCAACGUCACAGCGACCAAAGUUAAAAAGAGUGAUGAAGGAAAAGACCAAAGCUCAUGCUGGAGAAGGAAAGGGAGCUCAGUCAACUCCGAUCCAGCAUUCCUUUCUCACUGAUGUCUCAGAUGUUCAGGAGAUGGAGCGGGGGCUUCUCAGUCUUUUGAAUGAUUUCCACUCUGGAAAACUUCAAGCAUUUGGAAAUGAAUGUUCUAUUGAACAGAUGGAACAUGUUCGGGGAAUGCAGGAGAAAUUAGCUCGCUUGAAUUUGGAGCUUUAUGGGGAGUUAGAGGAACUUCCUGAGGAUAAGAGAAAAACAGCUAGUGAUUCUAACCUGGAUAGGCUCCUGUCUGAUUUAGAAGAAUUGAAUUCAUCCAUACAAAAACUCCACUUGGCAGAUGCACAAGAUGUUCCAAAUACUUCCACCAGCUAAAAUGAAAUGCAGUUGCUUUCUUGUGGUUUGAAGAAAAACAGCAUUCUUUACUUUUCCAGCUGAAUCCAGUAGCUGAAUCAUCUUCCACAAUAACGAAUUAAAGUAACUAAAGUGCCAGUGCAAUGAUUGUUUUCACAUACUGCUUUUAGUAAACUUGACUUGCCAUAAUUUACCAUAAACCGGAGGCCUUGUCAAAGGCUUAACCAGGAAAUGUGAUAAGAGGUUGUGCUGCUCUGCUUUAUAUUGUUGCCUUAUGGGGUUAUACUUGAAUUGUGCUAAAUGUUGUUGAAAGGGCUGAAGGACUUAUCUUUCCUGAGCUCACCAAACUUAUCCCACUGUUGAUCUAAGUUGAUGAUGCGCAGGCUUUUUGUGGCAGCCCAGCUUCAGUUUACGUUAGACAAUCAGUACACAGUGCUGAUGUGUGUUCCAGUGGCCAGUGACAACAAAUUGUUAAAUGAUUACUUGUGAAAUUUGCUAUUUUUAAUAAAGUGAUUGUUUUAAGUU